AAUUAUCAGAAUCACUCAUUUUGCCCAAAAAAUCAACUUUUCACAAAAAAAUUAAAAUUAAGAUCAAUUUAGUUUUCAACAAUUUCGGAUUAUUUAAAUUCUUUUUUUCAACCUUUAAACACUUUUGUAAAAUAAAACUUAUUGAUAAAAAGAACUUCAAGUAUUUCUUCAACCAGAUUUUAAUUGAAUCACGUAUAAUUAUCGAAUGAAUAAUAAAAAAUAAUCAUUUUCUUUUUAUAGUCGCCGAGAAAAUUUAAUCCGCGUUUCAUAAAUUCUGUCAGCUGUCUUUGACAGAUGAUAGCGCUACGGGUGGCGAGUAGCUGAAACACACAGCUGCGUGAAAUGUCAUAAAAAUUAAAACAAACAUCAUAAAAUUAAAAAUUAUUUUCUAUAAUUUGUUUUGCUUGAAAAACAUAAAAAUGUGUGAUCCCGAUGAAGAUUAUCUUGGCCAGGAAAUAGGAAUAAAAUGUGAACCAUUUGAAAUUCAAGAAGUUUCUCAAAUUACGAUAAAAAGUGAAUUUCUGGACGAGAAAGAUCAAGAAAUGUCAAAGGAAUCCUCCAGCUCAUCAGUUCCUGAGUUUCCUGAACAUUCCUGGGAUAACCAGGAGGAUAACGAGUACAGCAAAGAACACUCACCUGUAUCUGUGUGCAAAAAUCACAUCCAUCACGUACUUUUGCACUACAAAAUCACAAAGAAGACUCCAUCGCAGGCAUACCAGAACAUCUGCAGUAUUUACGGAAAGAAUUCAAUAUCAUUGCGCCAAUGCUACAGGUGGUAUAAGAAACUCACAAUAAAGGAUCAGCGUUGUCCUUGUUGUAGCGCGCAAACGAAGAAACCAACUGGGAGACCAUCAAAAUUUGAUACAGAACAAAUUAGAGAAUUUUCCAGGAAAAAUCCGGAUAUGCCGCUGCAGGACAUGUCCCUACGAUUGGGUAUACCCAAAUCAACACUAUUUUGGCACAUCAGCAAGAGGAAAAUAAAGGAAGAGACGGAGCACUCUUAAUAAUGGAAUGGAGUUCACUGUAAACAUUAAUAAAUCUCUAAAUUGGCUAA